GCCUUCAGAAAGCAGAUGUGGGGAGCAGCAGAGUGCAGAAUAAGACAGAAAAUAGGAGGUAUGAGGAAAAGACAGGAACACAUCACGGUGCUUUACUUUGCCAGAACCUAUAUGGAGCCACAUGUUGAGAUCAUCACAGUGAAGGACUCAAAGCGUAGCGUGAGUCUGUGCAACUCAGUGGAGUCUGAGCCAGAGAGUGAGUACCAGGAGACGGAGGAUGCACUCCCUGUCCUGAAACAUGAGAGCCAGCUGCUAGAUGAUUAUCACCUCCAGAAGCUUGCUGCUCACAUGCCUCCAAAGGCCCAGUGUUAUCCGUGGCAGCUGGUGUACAGCACCGCCAUCCAUGGAACAAGCCUGAGGACUCUCUACAGAAACAUGGCUGGUCUGGACAGCCCUGUGCUGCUGGUCAUCAAAGACAUGCACAAAAAGGUUUUUGGGGCUUUUUGUUCGGAUCCAUUAAGAGUCAGCAAAUAUUUCUACGGCACUGGCGAGACCUUCUUGUUCAGCUUCAGCCCCGACUUCCAGCAUUACAGGUGGAGCGGGGAGAACUCCUACUUUGUGAGCGGCAACUGGGAAUCCCUGCAGAUUGGAGGAGGAGGGGGGUGCUUUGGUCUCUGGCUGGACUCUGAUUUGUACCACGGUGCGAGCUUCUCCUGCCCUACCUUCCACAACGCUCCUCUUUCCACACAUGAAGAUUUUACUGUUCUGGAUGUUGAAGUCUGGACUGUGCCGAUCUGAAAGGCAACUUCAAGCAAACGUGGUUUCUCCAGUGAAGUAAAGACGCUCCAAACUGAAUGCUGUGUCCGGACAGAGCCUUAGCUCGCUGCACCAGGAUCAGAGCAUCCCACGUACUGUUCAAAGCCAGUUAGGCUGGCUCUGCAAAGGCGCUUGGUGGUCGGUGGAAAUAUGACCUUUAGAGACAAGAGGAAACAUGAACAGCUCGUUGCAAAGCUGGUAAAGAGACGGUUGGAAGCUUUGUACAGGCAGUGGCCUGCUUUGACUGUGUAAAGAAUCACAGCACAACUUGUUUUGUUAAAUAGUUUUCAAACUUUUAAGUUUUAUAUAGAUCUUUAAUUGACAGAAAUAAUAUAAUUGCAAAUAAGCGUUUAACGUGUUUGCAGGGGGAAUGGUUGUAUAUGUGGGUAUCUUCUUUAGUAAGAUAAUUUAUUUUCUGGUACUGGCACUGUAAUAGGAUAAGACCUAUUUCUGUGUAUAUGAGGAAGUGAGAACCAAAUAAAUGAAAUAGGUGAAAAAAAGUACAAUGAAACUGUCACGACAAGAACUUGCAGCUUUUAUGUGGAAGCAAAUAUUAGGUGUUAAGUCUGGAAUAUUUUUUUCAGUUUUCUAUGUUCUUGUCUAAAAUGUUUUUAGGAAAAUAAGUAGCUUUUCACUUAAUAUAGGAAAGAGUUGUUUUAAUCAAAAAUGCACCAGAGAGACACACACCUACAGUUUCUAUUAUAAGUGAGACUUCUUGUUGGUACGAAAGCUUUGUUAUUUUACUGUUAUUUUUGGAGAUAAAGAAAACCUAUAGUAAACCGUUAAUAUACGUAGUAACUGCUGUAAGCAUUGGUUUCACUGGUGUUAUGUAGAAACAAAAUCAGAAAAGGGUUUCUCCUGUCUGAAUUUAUUUUAUAUAUAUAUAUUUUUUACUUUUCAAAAUACCAGAAUUUGUACUUUAUAUCUGUAAUGACUGUAGGCGUGAACCCGAAAUUCAGCUGAACACAGAGUUACAUUAAAAAGGGUUUACAGAUAGACGGACCAGGAGUUGCUGACAGAACCAGACCUGAGCAGAAAACACCACAGAGGCAGAGCACAUGUGAGGUGAUGCUACGAUCUGGCAGUGAGUGGGUGAAUGAGGCCGGUAUGUGAAGGCAGGUGACCAGAGUUGGAUGGUGACAGAUGACUGUCAUCCAAUUUCUUGGUCGGCAACUUUUUUACUUUUACUUCAGUAAAAAUAUGUUAAAGCAGUGCUACUCUUGUGUACGGUUUUUGUCUACUCAAAUAAAUAAGCAAAGUCUACUGUGUAUUUCUGGUUGGUUUACUUGAACAUUUUUGUACAGCUGAUCAGGUGGUGCUGGGGCUACUGCUGAUUUUGUUCUUAAAAAACAAAUGAAAAAUGUUCUCUAUGCUGUUAAAACUUAGUGUUAGUUUUUUUAUCGAUACCUCAAGAACAAUAAACCAGUUUCA